AGGUUACUAGGUUAAAUUAUCUUUGUCAUCGUGUUAAAAAUAGCAUAGCAUAAGACUGACAUGUUUUAAUUGUAAUGGUAACAUGAGAUAUAUUUGCGGUAUAAUAAAGCGGCUCAGGUGCGUCAUUUCCCACUGCAUAAAAAGCGGCGAAGUGUGCCAUUUGGUUGAAGUCGGUGUAUUUUAUUAUAACAGCUCUGUGGUCGCGUGUGUCGAAGUGCCUGGGUCACCAUGCCUUAUUUGAAGGACAGCUGUAUUAACUGACGUAUGUAAAUGAAUAUAGGGGGAGGUCCUUGGGUGAAAAACACACACACUGAAUGAGUUUGCAACUCCGGAGUUCCUGCGUGGAAGGAAAAAACGAGACGUGGCGAAAUCUGCUCAGCAAACCAUGCAGGAUGAUUUACUGAUGGACAAAAACAAAGCCCAGCCUCACCAUCAGCAAGACCCGACGCAAGUAGACCCUCCUCCCUCAACCCCGACCCCGUCAUCGGAGCCCACUUCUUCUUCAUCGGAGUCGGAGAGCCCGUCUUCGGCUUCAGCGCUGAACAGCAGGGACAAGAUGCCGAUGGAGUCGCCGAUCCUGCCCGGGUUGAGCUAUCACCACCAGCCGCAGUCUGAGACCUGCGGCCCCCUGUCCUCCCCGUCCUCCUCGUACGGGAGCACUUGGUCCACGGGAACCACUAACUCCGCCGUGGACGACAGCUUUUUCCAGGGAAUACCCUCGGUGAACGGGACGAUGCUUUUCCAGAACUUCCCCCAUCAUGUCAACCCGGUGUUCGGGGGGAAUUUCUCCCCGCAGAUGGGUCUGGCUCCCCAGUCCCAGCAGCACCAACAGCAAGCCCAGCAGCAGCAGCAGCAGCAGCAGCAGCCCCCCCAGCAGAGGAGAUCCCCUGUCAGCCCCAACCAAGGCCCCUUCCCCCAGAGAAACGCUUAUCAGACCAUUAUGAAUAACAGCAAAGUGUCGUCGUCCUCUUCUGGUUCGUCGUCCGCUUGGAAUAAUCACCAAAACGCGGCUUGGAGCACAGCCUCCAACCCGUGGAGCGGGCUGCAGGCGGGCAGGGACCCGCGCAGAGCGGUGGGUGUCGGGGUUGGAGUCGGAGUCGGUGUCGGGGUGCCCUCUCCCCUGAACCCCAUCUCCCCCAUGAAAAAGCCCUAUAGCAGCAACGUUAUAGCACCACCCAAGUUCCCAAGACCCGGUCCCCUCACCCCAAAGCCUUGGAUGGAGGACAGCGCCUUCAGGACUGACAACAGCAACAACAUACUGCCUUUCCAGGACCGGAAUCGGCCCUUUGAUGCUUUUAGCUUGCACUCUUUGGAGAAUUCCUUAAUGGAUAUGAUAAGGACUGACCAUGACAAAGGUAAACCACACCCUGCCGGUGGCCCACCAAUGACUAUCGCUGAUAUUAUAUGGAGGAAUCAUUUUGCAGGACGCAUGGGCCUGAACUUCCAUCAUCCUGGAGCAGAGCACAUCAUGCCACUGAAUACCCGGAGCUAUGGCCGCAGAAGAGGCCGUUCCUGUCUUUUUCCCUUUGAAGAUGGUUUCCUGGACGACGGUCACGGUGACCCCUCUUUGACCCCGGGCCUGAACUCGCCGACCCGCUGCCAGAACGGAGAGAGGAUGGAGCGCUACUCCAGGAAGGUCUUUGUCGGAGGCCUCCCCCCUGACAUAGAUGAAGAUGAGAUCACCAACAGUUUCCGUCGCUAUGGGCACCUGGUGGUGGACUGGCCCCACAAAGCGGAGAGCAAGUCCUACUUCCCACCUAAAGGCUAUGCCUUCCUGCUCUUCCAGGAAGAGACUUCUGUCCAGGCCUUGAUCGACGCCUGCAUCGAGGAGGACGGCAAGCUGUACCUGUGUGUGUCCAGUCCCACCAUCAAAGACAAACCGGUCCAGAUCCGUCCCUGGAACCUGAGCGACAGCGACUUUGUCAUGGACGGCUCCCAGCCUCUGGACCCCCGCAAAACCAUCUUUGUGGGGGGGGUGCCGCGGCCCCUUCGUGCCGUGGAGCUGGCUAUGAUCAUGGACCGGCUGUACGGAGGUGUUUGCUACGCUGGCAUCGACACUGACCCGGAGCUCAAAUAUCCAAAGGGCGCGGGGCGUGUGGCCUUCUCCAAUCAGCAGAGCUACAUCGCCGCCAUCAGCGCUCGCUUCGUUCAGCUGCAGCACAAUGACAUCGACAAAAGGGUGGAGGUGAAGCCGUACGUCUUGGACGACCAGAUGUGUGAUGAGUGCCAGGGGGCUCGCUGUGGGGGGAAGUUCGCCCCCUUCUUCUGUGCCAACGUCACCUGCCUGCAGUACUACUGCGAGUACUGCUGGGCCAGCAUCCACUCACGAGCCGGACGAGAGUUUCACAAGCCACUGGUGAAGGAGGGAGGCGACCGCCCCCGACACGUGUCCUUCCGCUGGAGCUGAGGGGGGGUAUACCAGUCAGCCCUGCCCCGGUGAACCCACACUCAACCCCGACAGGCAGCGCUGCAACACCCCCCCCCACACACACACACACACACACACACACACACACACACACACACACACACACACACACACACACACACACACACACACACACACACACACACACACACCUCCACCCUACUCCACCCCACUCCCCCACAAACAUGAAAAAAGUAAACGGAUACCAUCUAACCCAUGGGACUGUCUUCAUACCACACGGCUUCGAACUCAUUGUCUACCGCUCCGAUUAAGCAUUGUCGGGGAAUGAAAUGCGAAAGUCUAUCAACUUAGAAUUGAACUUGCACAACAUCUCACUAAACACACACACACACACACACACACACACACACACACACACACACACACACACACACACACACAGGAUGGUAUGUUAGACACCAGGCUACUUUCAGUUGCCCGCUGUUUGGAGCAGUUGGUGUGGUACGUCCUCCUCACCGAGACGUGAGGUAGACCUUACAAAUAUUUAAAAAAAGUAUAUAUUUUUUGUUUUGUACCUAUCUAUACAUAUAUAGAUAAUUUAAAUUGUAUGUAAAAGGAGCAUGCACUUAUUUUGAAAAGCUGUAGUUAUAUUGCCCCUACUUAAAAAAAAAAUUACCAAAGGCAAAUGAAAUGAAUGCAUACAGAAAAGCUGAAAAGGUGGCGUAAGAUGUAGCAAAGCAGCUAUCCAGUAGUGUGGGCCCAUAUUGCCCAGAGUAAAAAUAACACGGCUAUAUUCGCAAUCAAUUUUGACUCUGAGAAUAUUAAUACCUCAUAUGCGCAAUCAGAUUAGUUUGCUUUUGAUUUCUAGGUCUUUAUUUUUAUAAUAACAUCAUUUUUUAGUGUUAUGUAAAUGUAAUGCUACAAUAGCUUUGCUGCUAAAUCCAUGGUAUAAACGGAUACCAUAAGUACUUUAUUCAGGCUAAAAUAAUGAGAUCAAGAGAAGAUCCUGGUGUUGUAAAAUGACGAGCUGUCACCGGGGGAGGGGGCGCCCCUGUGAAACGAUGGUUACCUUUGUGGGGGGGGUCGGGGGUGGGUCGCCCCUAACUGCAUGUUUAUUUCAAUCAGGUUGCUGCAUGCAAUAGACUUGUCAGUAUCAUGUCUACUAUUCGAUUCUGCCCAUGUUUGCACAACACACUAUAGGCGUACAUUCAAACCGCAGGAAUCUGGACAGAAAGUCAGGAAGUCGUGAUUGGAGGAGUCAUGACGACUCCGCGUCGCUAAACGUGCUAACGGAAGAAAGCGCCUUUACGAACAGGCAGUGAACACAUCCAGAUGACAGGGAGGCAAAAAAAACAACCUUAAUAAUCACAAAUCAAACUAAAUGUAGGAUUACCAUUUAAAACUGUCUAUGAUAGGUGAAGUAACUUUUUGCAGUGAUUGUUGAUAUAAUUGUGCAAUUUUUUAUACCGUAUGUAGUUAGGUCUGAGUAUGCCUAGAACUGUGAUUCGCUUUAACUGUCGUCAAUGUCCGACAUAGAAGUCCUGUGAAACUUCAUAACUAGUGUAUGCACACGUAUAUAUGUUCUCUUGUACACACACUUGCACCAGUAUACAUGGAAGCCUCUUGACACUCAUAAACAAACACACACACACACACCCACAUGGACGGCUGUCUUUCUUACGCACACAAACAGGCCUAUGAUUCCACAGUCUGAUCUGAAGAGAAGACAAUGUGAGCUUAAAUUGAGAACUGAGAUCUUUCUUUGAUUUGUUCCGUCGUCAACACAAAAAACAACCCACGCUAAUGUCUCGGAACGCAACCAAAGAGCUCACGUGUUUUAACGGACGCCAAACACGCAGAGCCAACUGCAGCUCGUAAUGGCUGAAGAGGCAGUCGAUUAGAUGAGGAAAGAGGGCAGUUGGAAGAAGAAUGGGGGGGGGGGGUUAACAGUCAAACAUUAAGCUACUGGAGACUUGAGGCUGAUAAACCGAGCUAUGCACAGGCUCUCACCACAUGGCUGGGGAGGGUACAGGGGAAUAAUAGAGUGCUGCAGGAAUCCUAAAACACCCGAAAAUUAGUCAGCAUUUCGCCCUUUUGCCGGUUCCCUUUUCUCUAAGUCAAUGGGUUGUUUUAAUAGGUUUUGUUAGACGCCUGAAAUAAGGUAUGUGGUUGACACAAGCUAAAGAGGCUUAAAAGUUAAGUUAAACAACAUAAAAUACGUCCGGAUAUACCCCACUCACUUUGAAGGUUUAACGCAUCUUAAAAAAGGUGGUUGCUAACGGCGGUUAGCUCAACGGUGAUGACCUUGAAGUUGUGACUAACUUUUUACAUCUAUCUUCAAAAAUCACAUAUGUGGUAUUCAUUUGUUUGAUUCUCCCGAUUCCGUUUGUUUGAGCUGAUAUAUUCUACAGUUAUCCAAAAUCCUAUUUGAAGAUCCCUUUGAUUUUUUCCAAGGGAACCAGGGCGAUGCUAACUUCCGGGUUGGCUUACAGAAAUACGUUAUCCCUGCACCACUCUAUUGUUAAAACGUGCCGAUGUGCAACCAUAUUUAUCAAGAUUUUUUUUUCCUGCAAAGCUUGAAGUAAUGGACCUGCUUAAAAAAAGGUGGACAUAUAUUUCUCUUAGUUUAAAUUAAAAGGUUAUGGUUCGCAGUUCAGACAAGAUGGAGGGGUGGGCGUGGGCUGCCGAAGACAAGGCGGCUCCUUUUUAGGGUUAGGGGCUGAGGGGGGGCCAAGUUACACUGGUUUUAGCCGUUUUUUGGACAAUCCGAACGGGAUCUUACAUCAUUGCAAGUAAAUGUGUCGUCCCUUCUUUUUGUCCGUGAGUUGUGAUUGUCCCGUGUCGGCAGCCCGUAGUCCCUUUCCUCUUUCUCGUUUCAGUCGCAAACUGUUUUGUUUUUUUUGCUUUAGGAAAGAGGUUUUUGUUGUCUAAGCAAAAUGAUUGAAACAAAGCAGAAGAUACUUUUUUUACUGAUAUAAAAAAAGACUUAAAAAAGAAGAGGCUAACCACAAGUAAUAAUAAGUAUCCCUAUGAAAGUGAAUUCUGGGUGUUUUUGUGAUAUUUCUUUCCCUACCCAGACAGGUUUUCUAUGUUUGUUCCUUCUCUAUGAUAGAUAUUUGUUAUGCACUACUCUUUGUAUCGGAACAGUUUUCAACGGUCAGCAGUUCUUUUUGUUAAGAGACAAAAAAAAGAAGAUGAUAAAGCGUGCUUUAUGACUGACAAGAUCUUUUGCAAUACCUCAAUUUUGAAAUAUAUUAGGAGAGAAACUGAUAUUUUCUAAGUAAGUUUAUUCAGAUGAAAAAAUAUAUAUUAAUUUAAUUCUUAAAGAGACAAUGAUUUAACAGAUGGUUGAUUUUUACUUUAUCAUGCUUAUUUGCUUUUAUUUUAAGAAUUUAUUUUUUUGAAAAGACAACAACUGAAGGAGCUAGAGCUUUAUAACUAAUAUAAUAAUGUAGUAAGUGAGAGUGCAGUGAGCGUGAGUGUCCCACUGGUCGAAUUGGUCGAAACAUCAGAGAUAAGCUCUUUAGGAAAGAAAAUAAACUAUCAGGUGCUCAGAGAUAAAACUGAACAUGUUUCCCACGUUUUUGUAUAUUUAUAAUCAAUCAUUUACUAUGCUGACCAGAGUUGUGAAAGAGAUCUUCUGUUCAUUAUUUUUUUAAGAGAAGUUUUUUAUGUUUCCUAAAAGUAUGUGCUCCCUUUUGUUUUGUAAAAAAGCAACAUGACGCUGAUUAGGUAGCCUAACGUCGUUGGGAGAAACAUAAAAAGAGACUUGUGAGAGUCACACAGCUGGAGGUAGAGAGGCGAGAAUGUUAUUUUUAAACACAGACAGACACACGUGUUUUCACCUGUAACUUGAUCGAAAGCCCCCGAGGUGCAUCAAUUGACUGGUGGCCUUCUAUUCACGCAAGACUUGAAUUAAUCCCAUUUUAAGGCUAAGAACCUUGAUUCUUUGUUGUAAUGUGCAAUACUGUUUGUACUGUUUGUAGAAAAGAAGAAAACAAGAAAAAGAGGCAUAAAUCUUUAUUGCAGAAUUAUUUUCAUUGCAAGCAUUGUGAUUCACUAAAAUCAUUUUCUACUGUGUAUUUACCUACUCUACCUGCUAGUACCUUCCAGUAGUAAUGUAGCCUUUGUACUGAGAAAUUUUCAUUAUUUUUAGAAAGUUUUGCUAAAAAAGAAAAGAAUUUAAACAUAUUUACAUAUUUUCCUUUUUAUUUCGUAUUGCUUUCUUUACAGACUUAUUUCUCAACCAUUAUUUCUGGGGGAGACUUUCAUAUCUGGUCAAUGUCAUUAAUAUUAUUUUGUAUUUUUACUUGGAAUAAAUUAAUUUUAUGAUGCUAAUUCUUUAAAAGUUUAUUUUUUUCGUUUGUUCACCUUUUUCAUUUUUUUAAAGCUGAAAAAAAAGUUUGUAAUAUUGUUACUAAAGUGUCUCGAUUCUUGAAAUGCUAAGCUUUAUGUGUUAACUCACUGAUGUUGCUUACAUUAGUGUGAAACUGAUCCAUGGAGAAAAGAAAAAGAAACUCUUCACAAACAGCAGACUGGUGGUUGGUGAUGUUUAAGUGAUUUGCAAUGUAUACAAAUGAAUGGGCAAUAAAAUAAAAAUGGCAGAAUGGAGCAUACAUGCAGUAUGUUGUGAUGUAAUUGUGGAAGAUGGACAACAACACUGACAAUUGACAUUGCUUCUGCUAUUCCCAAACUACUACUACUACUACUACAACUAUUACAAUUACUACUGCUGCAACUAUUACCACUAACUACAAUAACUCCUCCUCACUUCGUGCAGUGGAGGGCAACAUUUCCUCACAUAUGAAAUAUUCUCUUCUUAGUAGUUGGUUCAGUCCCUGCAUUGUGCACUGGUGUGAUUGUAUUUAAGUAUGAAUGUAAAUGUCGAGAUUCACUGUGUAAUAUACAAAUGUUUGGGAAAGGCAUGUGUAACUGUAGAAUCUUAAUUAUUCAUAGGAGAGAUUGGUCUUAAGUGUUUUUGUCUUACCCAACUUUUGAUUAUGGCGGUCUACUUUGUAUUUCAAAAUUCGCUUUUGCUCUCCUUAAAAAAUAAUAGUUUGACCUUUUUGUGAGUUAAUUUGUCUUCUUGCCAAGAUAAAGAGUUGAAAACGGAUACCUUACGAUACAUAAAGAGCUGCACAUUUUUAGCUUAGCCUAGCAUUAUCACUCUGCUAAAAAACUAUAGCUCAUAGUUAAGUGUAAACGUAUUUACAUGUUGUACUUAUUGUUGUUUGAGCACAGAUGACAUGUUUUGACGCCUUAAAGCCUUGUCUUGAGCUUUUAAGGUAGGCUAUAGAAGGAUUUAUUAGCUAAGUAGGCUAGCAUAGCAUAGGUACUGGAGGCCAAUGAUGUGCUUAACAGCACCUCUAAAGCUAUUCUUGUUUGGAAGCAGUGAAGUGCUUCAAAAUAAACUAAUGUAUCAUUUUAAAUGAAAAAAAGCGUUGUUUCGUAUGAAUGUAUCAAAUAAGCUUUUAACAAAGGCAGGAUAGUUUCAACAAUCUACAUGCUAGGCUAAGCUAACGAACAUCAGGCUAAAAAUUCACAAGACUUCAAACAAAUCCCAAAAUGUCAAACAUGUUUUUUAUUACUUUCUUUCCUGUCCUCAAAAAAGAGACUUCAGUGCUCAUGUGAGAAUGUUAUUUCUGUCUGGCCUUGUCUACCAGUUUAUAGGCUACAGCUGAAGCUAAAACCAAGCACCCCCACCCCAUGUUUUUCACUUCUCAUCUCUUUGUCCUGGCCUUUUAUUUAAGUGUGUGUGUGCAAAUGAAAUAGACCGCGAGUUGGGUGAUUUUAAAUAUUCCUCUAUAGAUAUACGUAUGUAUUUCAUGUAACUAGACUUUGGUAGCGUACUGUAUAUUCACUUCUGCUUCACGGGCGUUCUCUGGGUAGGUAAACACUGUCGGUCUCGUCAUGUUGUGAUCUCAAAAUAGAUGAAGAAAAAAAAUGUGCUUUCUUCCCCACAAACAUCCCACUACUUUUUAAAUGUUUUUUUUUUUUUAUAAGACAUCUGUGCUUGGACACUGGUUCUAUCUUCGCGAGGCUUUUGAGAUUGUUGACUUGGUCUGAACUUUUUGCAGUAUAACUGUGAUUUGAAAACAUGGAGCUUAAUGCUGCUAAUGCUUACUACUGCUUCAGAGUUUGUAUUUCCCACCUUAAUUUUUCCUUUUUUCUGUACUAAUAAGCAAAUCUUAUUAAACGUAGUUGUAUGAUGCUGUGAAA